AAAGUGAAACCCAAAGCGGGCCGUGUUUGUGACCUCCCACUCCCGGGGUGGCGAAGAGCUCCGUAAUCGCGUCAGGAAAUGGUCGUCUGCCGGCCAACGUCGAGUGUUCGACGGAAAGGUUACGGAACGGAAGGUGAACGGUGGUGUUGGUAGGUGCUAAGGGCAAGAAGCGGUGUCGUUAGUCGUUUGUUUUUACUCCUGCUGCCGAUUCGGUUUUUCUUACGGUUGUUCAAGACGUGAUCGGUACGACGACCGACCCGAUAAGCUGCCCUGGUAUGGUGAAAAUGUGAAGCUUACUCCAGCUCCAGUGCAUUGGCAUACCCACCCUUAAGGAGCGUAAACGCGUCCGUUCAAAAGCAAGGACUCUGUUGUCGCCUUAUGGACGUGUGAGAACGAUCCCAACCGCGACAGGUGCAUUUAAGCGUGUAGUUCAAACAACGAACAGGAUACAGGAUCGUCAAAUCCACGCACGAUCGCUGGGCUUGUGUGCGCGCUUUUGUACAACCAGUACAACAAUUGCGAUCGCAACCCCCCCAUCGUGACCAGUUUGUGUGAGUUUACGUGCGAUCGGCAAGCGGAUCACCAACAUCAACCCCUCGGCGGUUGUUGCGCAGUUUAACGCGCUUCCCUCGAUCGCACCCGCGGGAGGACAAUACAACAUUAGCGCAAGAUCGCCGAUCAUUAGCUGUGUGUUGGAGAACGCCCUUUUGGAUACGGCGAACGCGCGAUCGAAUACGGAUCCGUGUCCGUGACCGCUGACGUCACGGAGGUGGAAACUGUUCCACGGUUCGAGAGACGACAUCCAAGAAAAAAAAAGAAACAAAAACCGUCGUCCAAACCAACGCAUUCAAACGGCCGCUUGUUGGUUUGAAGCACCUUCUCGCACCGAAAAUCCGUCUUUGCUGGAUCUUCGCUGGAUCGCGGAAGAUCUUCGCGCUCGACCACAACCAUAACCGGUUGAAGUGGUAACGACACGUAUUGCGAGCCGAUUUUGGAGAGUACGAGCAAUCGAAGGAAAAAAAAACACAGGCAUUGCUUCAACGACAGGCCACUUGAGGAAAAAAGCCACGACCGCAAGAGAAAAAAAGAACAGCCACAGCAUGCUGAACCACGAAACGGGCGAGAUGGAGUACGGCACGGUCGGCGGGUACGACCGGGAGCGUAUAUACCUCGACAAGGAGACGGGCGAAGUGAGCAGCUACCCGACGGAACCGGCCGCACCCCAGCGGCGGCGCUCUAAAUUCCAUAUCCCGAAGCAAUACCUACGCAACCAGAGCGGUAUCAUCGCACGGCGGCAACCGACACCGGCCACGCCAAGCGUCGGUUGCGCCCUGAUGGCGUGCAAGCAAAAGAUGAUUCCGAUGAUGAAGGAGGAGAUCACGGUGGGCUACAAUAGCACCGCACAUCUACUCUUCCUCUUGCCGGUGUUGUUCAUGACGCCGAAGUUGCUAGCGGUCGUCAUCACGUUCGUCGAGGUGAUGCUGCACAUGUGGGCCCACCGGAAGAACACCGCGAAUGGGAACCCCGAUGUCUACUACCGCAGCCCGAUGCACGUGGUUACGCGCAACUUCUGCGAACUCUGCCGCCACGAGCGUCUAAUGGGGCGCGUUGGCAAGCUGCAGGACGUGCGGAUGAAGCAGAUGCAAAACUACUUCCGGAAGGUCACUCGAAACAUUGCCUGAGACCGUCCGCUACGUUUGCCAGCAACGUCGAGGCAGAAUGCGAUGCAACGCCAUGGAAGUUGGUGCUGCUUAAUGCAAAAACGAAACAACCGAGUUCCUUUCGGUUUACAUCGCUCUCGAGAACGAUACCGGAUAUCUUCGUUUUUUCCCUUUUUUUCUUAACUUUGUUAUUGAACGCUUCGCGCAAUGAUAUACACGGAUUUUCAUAACAAUAAAACAAUCGCAAACACAUUAAGCAUUUGCGUACACAAUUAUAUGUCUGGUGUCUGUGAAUGUGUUUGUUUAAAACAAUAAGGACUUACCGAUAAGCUCU